GGGUACUGGAGACCCCUUUGUGUCAUCCACUGGGGUGUCUGGGACCCCGUUCGACUUGAAUUCUAAAAACGUUCCAUUUCACACCUGUAUAUAUUGAAUUAAGAAAUGAAAUUUAAAUGAAUCACAAGAAAAAGAUUUUAUAGGUUUAUGCUGUUUUAUGAAAAUGUUUGAAAGCAUGAACACUAUGUGUGAGUGUUAUAUUUCUGCAAUAAAAGACUGUAUAAAUUCUAUUCAGUUAUGAAUGUAUAGAAUUAUAAGAUCAAUUGGAACUUACCUAUGGUGAUCAUUGAUAUCACUAUUAUAUUAAUUGUUAUAAGAAUAUAUAAAAAUGCAGAAUAUUAUACCAUUGAUAGAACAGUGUAACGGUAUUCAUCACACAUCUUAUAGAACUGCAGCAAAAAUGCAAAUUUUGCAUAAAGAACUUAAUAUGCAAUAUGUUCAAUUGGAAUUAAUUGCUGGUGUUUUUGAACGCCAUAGGCUUUCAAUUACAGAAAAUUGUGUAAAUCUAGACCCAAGAGAGGUUGAAGAUGUCCUUUCUGAUAUCUAUUUUGCAGCAUGUAAAGAAAAUAAUAUCAAUUUUGAUAUUGAUUUUGCAACAAAACUUGCUACAAAUUACAUAUUAACUACAUUUGAUAAACAAUGUACUAGGACUGUAUCUGUAUUUUCUGUAAAAGUUGCUUUGGUAUUAAUUAGCUCUGGAAAAUUACAAGAAAAAUAUGGAUACCUUUAUCAACAAUUAGCUGAUCAUAAUGCAUGCUUAUCUAAAGCUGGUUUAUGUACACUGUUAACAAAUAUUUGCAAAAUCACAGAAAUGCUAGGAGAAAGUACAACAUACGGAUCUCAACACAUUCAAUCACAUAUUGACAAUUGCUUUUCAAAGACCCAAGGAUGUCUUGGAGUAACUGAAUCAGAGUUUGCAUCAUGGAUUAUGCAAGAACCUCCUUUGCUUGUUUGGAUAACAAUAUUUAAUCGUAUAAAAUCUGCAGAACACAUUAUUCAUAAUAUUAGAUGCUCUUCUUGUAAAACAACUCCAAUUCGGGGAUUACGGUACACGUGUUUAAAAUGUACAGCAUAUCAUCAAUGCCAACAAUGUUUUUUGUAUGGUAAAAUAUCAGGAAAACAUAAACUAAAACAUCCCACUCGUGAAUUUUGUACCAAGACUUCGAAUCGAGAAAUAACGAAGUUGAUUAUUGAAUUAAUACGGAAUAAAUUGAGAUUGUGCCCUGUUAGAUCGAAUGGAAUUAAUGUUGAGGAUCAAAUUCCACAUACUAACAGCAUUGAAGCAACUCGUGCCGAUUGUGGAUCGUUAAGAAGUACAAUGAGAAGACGAGUACUAAGUGAUCCACAAAAAGAAUUACAAAGUAUAAUUACUCAUUUAGAAGAAGAAAAUAAACAAUUACAAAUAGAAUUACUUGAUAUUCAGGGCAGUAAAGCAGAGAGACUUCAGCAUCAUAGAGCUAUGAUUGAAUCGCAAUUACAACGUCUAAAACUAUUAAAGAAAUACUUGUUUUCGGAUAAAAUUUGUAUGCCUCAAAUAAUUAGCCACAUGCAAAGCACACCUAUGGUUCCACCUCUAUCAUCAAGAUUGGCAUCUUUAUCUAUGAAUUUUGAAUUGAGUCCAAUUAUUCGUCAAGAAACUAUAGAACAAAGUUCAAGUACAAAUGAUACCGAUGUAUUACAGUCAAGUAGCUUUAAUUCAACAGAGGAGUCUAUUAUUAAAGAAAAUCAUGAUGUUACUAAUUCUGGGAAAGCGUCUACCAGCUUAGGUUUUAGUAAUAUAAUAGAACCUACCCAAAUUGAAUUGAGUACAUGGAUUGGGGGUACAAAAAGAUCGGAAAUAAAUCCUACCGAUAGUGGUUUUUCUCAAUGGUUGGACUGUAACGACGCUGAAUGCAAAGAAGAAAAAUAUUUAAUGAAAUCUACAAUAGCUGACACUGAAAAUGAAUCACCAUUAGUAAUAUCUGGUUCUCUCAUAGGUAUUCAUAGGGAUAAUACACCAUCUUCUCUUCAGAGACCUGAUAAACAUUCACAACAUAGUAGUUUACAAAAUAUUCAAGGAGAUUUAAAUGAUAUCCUGGAUAGAUUACAAAAUAUGGUUACAGAUGAUUGUUUACUUAAUGAUUCCUACGUAGCUAACGAUAAUUGCAAGCUGAAACGUGCUACAACUGAAAUGGAGGAUUUAUUAACAGGAUUGAUUCAAGGCAUGGAAUCUCGUAAAAGUAAGCUUACAACUAUAGUCUGAUAAUUCUUUUUUAAUUUUU